AGACAAAUCAGUCAGUGUGUAGCUGUUGAGCCGAACAGAACAGCCGCCCAAGAGCGAAAAAAAGCAAAUCAAAUAACGGAGAGAAAAGACACAAAACAAGACAACAACAGAGCAAAUAACAAUAGAACACAGAAUACAGAGAAUAAAUACAAGCAAUAUACAUUCCGUUUCGUUACAUUGUGUAUACGCAGAGUGUGAAACCGAAGAUAGAGCGAGAGAGUAGGAAAAGAAAGCAAACAAACACAGCAACAACAAUAAAAACGAAAAAAAAAACAAAAAAUUAAAUCAAACUAUCGUAUAUCGAACGACAGUCAAAGUGAUAUAAAUUCGGAAUAAUGGCCACUUUAUCGACACAUCCCAACUAUGGUUUCCAUUUGGGCGCCGCCGCUGCCGCCGCCAGCCAGGGACUCGAAUUGCCCUCGCCCGGCGACUAUGCCCCACAGAGCUUGGGCGUCAAUGCUCAACUAAGCCCCAGCCUGGGCAUGGAUAUGGAUAUUAAACGUGUACUGCACUACUCUCAGAGUCUGGCUGCCAUGGGCGGCUCACCGCCGAAUGUCGGUGGCGGAAACACAUCAUCGAACAUUGGCAGCUCAUCGGCUGGCAUGGGACACCAUCCUCAUCAUCCUGCACACCAUCACAUGAGUGCAGCUGCCGCCCAUCAUCAUAUGCAUCAGCAGACACUCUCACCCAACAGCUCGAUCGGAUCGGCCGGUAGUCUCGGUAGCCAGAGCAGUCUGGGCAGUUCGGGCAUGGGUGGAGGCGGCGGCGGUGGCAGCAGCAUGAGUGCUGCCAUGCAGAGCAACUCCUCGUUGCCAUCGUCGAGCAUGCACAGUCUGGCCACAUCUCCGGGACAGGAGGGACACAUCAAGCGUCCAAUGAAUGCGUUUAUGGUGUGGUCUCGUCUACAGCGCCGACAGAUCGCCAAGGAUAAUCCCAAAAUGCACAAUUCCGAGAUCUCAAAGCGUUUGGGAGCUGAAUGGAAACUAUUGGCCGAAUCGGAGAAACGACCCUUCAUCGAUGAGGCGAAACGUUUGCGUGCCCUGCAUAUGAAGGAGCAUCCGGAUUACAAAUAUCGUCCACGUCGCAAGCCCAAGAACCCAUUGGCCGCUGGACCCGGACAGGGUGGUCUGCAACUCCAAGGCAAUGUGGGUCAACAGAAAUUGGGUGGUGGUGCCGGAGCCGGUGCUGGUGGUGCCUACAACCCUUUCCAUCAAUUGCCACCAUAUUUCGCGCCAUCACAUCAUCUGGAGCAAGCAUAUCCAGUGCCAUAUUUCGGUGGCUUCGAUCCCUUGGCCCUCUCUAAGCUGCAUCAAUCACAGGCAUCCAUGGCGGCAGCGGCAGCCAACAAUCAGAGCCAACAGUCGGCCGCCAGUGGCCAAUUGCCCCCAACUAGCCUGAGCAGUUUCUAUUCGGGCAUCUAUUCGGGCAUCUCUGCUCCCUCACUGUAUGCCGCCCAUUCCGCCAAUGCCGCCGCCGCUGGAUUGUAUACCUCAUCGUCGACAUCAUCACCGGGCUCCUCACCGGGCACCAUCACACCCAAUGGCAUGGAUGGCUCCAUGGAUCAAGCCCUGAGACGGCCUGUUCCCGUCCUGUAUUAGGGGCGUACGAGAACGGUACGGGGCGGUGGUGAAUGGGCAACGGGGCCCAGAGUAGAGUACAAUUGUUGACGCAUUCCCAAAGUGAUCCACUGGUUUUAAAUCUUCAAAAGCUCUAAGUAAGCUAAAUAUCUCUCUCUCUCUCUCUAUUUCUAUUCCUUCCUCCCAAUCCUAUCCUCUAUUUCUAGUACAACAAAACUAAGAAAAAACAAAAAAAAAAAACGACAAAAAAAAAAACA